AAAAACACAGCUCAUAUCUCUUCUCUUCUCUUCUCUCUCUACCUCUGCAGAUUUUUCUACUGCAAAGAGGAGACAAACCCCCAAAGAGAGAAGGAAGAAGAAGAAGAAGAAACCCUUAAAACCCUAACGAAGUCCUCUCGAUGGAGUACGAGAAGCCUCCCUCUGCUACUACUUUCUCCAGGAAGAUGACUAGCCGUAGCCACAGCCUCAGCCUCAGCUUCGGCGCAAACACCGUAUACGACGGCGUUUUCUCUUCUCCGGCGAACGCGAAGUCUCCUCUCGUCGAUUACGGCGAGAUAUUCCGCGGCUCGGGUCCUUCUCCGUCCUCGAUUCCGUUUCUCGAUGUCCCCGAGCUCAACGUUGGUAAGGUUAAAGUCGAUGUAAGGAGCUCCAAGCUCGAUUACUCUUCUGUGUUCGGAGGGUUCGGAGGUUGCGGUGAUUUCGCUGUUACUCCCAACGAAGUGAUCGUUAGGCCUGAGAAGAAGGAAAGAAGGAGUCGUAGGAAAGGUGGAAGCUCUUCUGAGGAGGUCAAGAAUCUAACUUCUUCACCUGAGAUGGUUAGGAUGAAGCAUUCUGAUAUAUUACCACACCAGACAAAAGAGAAUGUGACAGCUCAUCUUACUCAAGUUCAAGCUGUGCCUAGUCCUAGUCCUACUCUGGUGGUUGGUGAGGUUAGUCCGUUGCAGAAGAUUGUCCAGGGCAGUGAGAAUGGGACUACUUGCUCUAGUCACGUUCCCAUUGUAGCUGCUCCUACUCAAGUGGUUGAUAACAUUAUUAGUCCGUUGCUGAAGAUUGGUCAGCGCAGUGAGAAGGGGACUAUUCGUUCUGGUCAGGUUCCUGUUGUGGCUGCUCCUACUCAAGUGGUUGAUAACACGAGUUUGUUGCAGAAGGUUGAAAGUAAAGCACCUAUUCCAUCAGUUGAGGAAGUCCAGGCUUCUAGAAAGCGGAGAUCUAAAACUGAGGUGGAUUACGAGAAGAUCUUUGUUCGAGAUGAAUGCAGCACGCGUGAUAACUACUCCACGUGCAAGGCUGAUUCUAUUGCUGAGCGUCGGGAUGUGAAACCACCUUCCAGCUUGCUGCAGCGUACACUCAAUGGAGCUUCUGAGAGAUCUAUGGGUUUCAGUUCAGGGCUUCCGGAGAGGUUUCAUCAAGCUGAAGAUGAUGAUGAUGAUUCUCCGAGUUCACCUCCGUUCUUUGAUGCUGAAACAGAUGUUGAUUCUUCUGCUGCUGAGUCUUCCGCGGCGUUGAAAAAGGCUUUAGAAGAGGCUCAAGUGAGGAUGAAUAUCGCAAAACAAAUGAUGGAAAGGAAGAAAUCAGGUUUUCGCAGUUCCGCUAAACUUAAGUCUUUUGAUGAGUCCCCUAAAGUUGAAGUAAGAACCGAAGCUGUGGUAAGUUCUCAAGUUGAAGACAAGAGGGACGAGAAAGUUGAAGAAAAAACAGAAGAAAGCAGUCCUCAAGUUCUUGGUGAAGUGGUGAACUCUUCAGAGCAAUCAUUCUCAAACGAGGGAGAUCAACAUGCAAAAAGAGCACGGAAGCAGUGGGAUGUUCCUGAAGGACUUUUAAAUUCAACCUCAGACCAUAAGCAGCAAGAGGUCGAAGAGGUGAAGCUAGAAGAGGAACAAGCCAGAAGAGCUCGAAAACACUGGGACUUACCUGGAGGGAUAUUCAAAUCAGUUAUGAAUAGUAAGAAGCCGGAGCCAGAAAGCCUUGCACCAGCCAAACCUGAAACUGAUACGAAACAAGAGGCGCAACCAUUGACUGAGAAUCCCUUCUAUACAUUUGGACAGCUGGGUAGUAAAAUAAAAGGUGUUGUAGAGGCCUUCACGGGAAGCAAGGUUUCACAAAAGAAUGAGACACAUGGAACGGAGGAGGAAAGAUCUAUCCUCCCUCAAAUGGUUCACUGUGAAGAAGGCGACUCACAAGAGAUGUUAGCUAAAGCGGAGGAGAUCCUGCAACAAACUGAGUGUAAAGGCGAAAUCAAACAAGAAGAGAAGUCUGAAUCCAAAAUGUCUACUCUUGCGGAAGAGUGUUCAGAGAAGAUGGAGAAAGAAACAGGAUGGCAAGUUAAAACUUCUUGCGAGUCCGAAGAUGGACCUGAGUGUGGUGUAAUAGUUUUCCAAGAAACCUCUGACCCAACUUACAGUUUUCUAGAUCAGGAGGGUGAGAAUGAGAUAGUUUCUAGGCCGCAGGAGAUGUUAGUUAGUCCUGAUGAUACCAAACCAUAUGUAAGGGAAGUGGAAGAGAUUCCAACACCUAAUGAGAGUUGGAGUAAAACUCAAUUAGAUGAAAGUGUUGGAACUAUGGUGUCUUUUGCGUCAGAAAACACUCCUGAGCCAGGAAACACACACGAGGAGACAGAGCACAAGGCUCCCAGGCGAAGAAGAGUUUGGAAGACCUCUGAAGACGUCUACAAUAUGAUAAGGGCCCCGAAGGGAAACAAAAGGCAUUGGCAGCUACCAAGUGUUGAAACAGAAACUACGCAGAGGUCCUUUCAAAUCCAUGAUACUAGCGAGGAAACAGAAAGCACAUCUGAGCAAGCCAGUGAUUCAGGAUUGCAAGAAAAUUGGACCGUUCUUAAACAAAUGUUUAGGCAGAUGUUCCAGACAGCAGAUACUACAAAGGGCGAGGAUGAAGCUUAUUGCUUAGUGGAAUCUGAGAAGGAUAAUAUUGAUAUCCAUCAAAAAGCUGGAGACGAUAUUGGAAAAGAAACUUCUUACUGCCAAAUUACUGGUACAGAUAGAUAUGAACAGAAUGAAGUGGAGACGGAGGAUAAAGUCUAUGCACAUACCGUAGAAGAUGAAGAAUUAGAGUCGGCACAAGAAACAAACUGUAGAGAAGAGGAAGAAGGUAAAGGAGAAGAGCCGGAUGCUACUGGAAUGGCUAGUGACCAAGAAGGUGAAUAUGUACCGGAAGUGUUUGAAGAAGCUGGCUGGGCUCAAGGACUCUCUGAACUCGAUGAGAGCAGAGAGCGUCAAGAUUCUCGUGCUGAAAUGCUUGAAUAUGAUCGUAGUGAGACGGAUUCAAACAAAUCUUGCGAGAAAUUUGACCAAACGCGGGAACUAGCAGAGGAAGCCAAGAACGAUUGUAGCGUAGAUACUGACACCAGCAGGUCAUCUUUUGAAACUAGACAAGGUGAUUCACAUACUGAGGAGGUUGGCUUCGAGCAAGAUCUCAGGGAUCAGUUCCAUGAGAAAAACAGCGCUGCGAGUAGCACGGAAGAGCACGUUGAAGAAAUGGAUUCUGAUUCAAUUCAAAGUGGUUGGAGCGUUGUAGAUGAUGAAGAUAAAAUCAAGUCUUAUGUGGAGGAAAGUUUGGCUGGUGGAGGGGCAAGUAAGGUUGAAGAAAUAGAGGAAACCAAAGAAGAAUCUGAUGACAUGGAAACAAGUGCAAGUGAAGAGAACAGUGAAGAUAAGACGGAACAAGAGCACCGGUUUGAGUGUCAAAAGGAGGAAGUAGAUCGAAACAAUGUAGAGCCAGCCGAGUCUUCCUGUUGUUUGCCCAAAGGAGACGAAGAAAUUGGCGCAGCAGCUGAUAUAAACAUGAAAGAAAAUGAGGGAGAGGAGAGUUGUCGAUCAUCUACUUCUGAUGCUUCACAAAAAGAAGCAGAGCGAGUUGAGAAACAUCUGAAAAAGAAAGAUGAAGCAAAAGAAAAAGAAAGAGCGAAAGAGAAAGAGAGAUCAAUGGUAGAAAGAGCUAUCCGUGAAGCUCGGGAAAGAGCGUUUGCUGAUGCUAAGGAAAGAGCAGGAAAAGCAGCAAUGGAGAAAGCAAAGGCGAGAGUUCCCCGAAGAGUGGCUUCCGAUGGUCCAAGGAGAUCAGAGAAGGCAUCUGUUGAGGUAAAUGAUAAGUUGUCAUCAGCUGAGAAGGCUUCAAUGCAAGCCAAACUCAGAGCCGAGCGUGCUGCUGUAGAGAGAGCACUCUCUGAGGCCAGAGAACGUGCGCUAGAAAAAGCAUUGUCAGGUAAGUUUGAUGCUUCUCAAACGAGAAGUUAUGGUGGCAGCAAGUCUUUUGGCUCUUCUGGUGAUAGACGAGGCUCCUCAUCCUCAUCUUCUCAGGGUACAGAGAACAAAAGUUCGGGUCCUUCUAGUUCUUCAAACCAGACUGCCAAAGGUGAGCCAAUCCAGAGAUGCAAAGCUAGAUCUGAGAGACACCAGAGAACAUCUGAGCGUGCGGCAGAAGCUCUUGCAGAGAAGAAACUUCGUGAUCUCAAAGUCCAGAAAGAGGAGGCAGAGAGAAAUAGGCUCUCGGAAGCUCUUGAUGCUGAUGUAAAACGGUGGUCGAAUGGAAAGGAAAACAACCUGCGGGCAUUGCUCUCAACACUCCAAUAUAUACUUGGAGCAGAGAGUGGAUGGAAACCAAUCCCUCUCACUGAUCUUGUUUCAAGUGCUUCUGUGAGAAAAGCUUACCGGAAGGCAACUCUUUACGUUCAUCCCGACAAGCUUCAACAACGUGGCGCAUCCACACAACAGAAGUACAUUUGCGAAAAGGUUUUUGACCUUCUCAAGGAAGCGUGGAACAAAUUUGGUGCAGAUGAACGAUAAGUAAGAUGGUGUGAACCUUUAUCCUAUUAUCAGCAGUGACCCUAAAAAUCAGAACUAACCAGCUCAAGAACCUAAACAAGUAACAUGAUCAAGCUAUGAUAUGGGAUGUAGACAGAUCUAGAGAUGUAAUAACCAAUAAUAUAAACAUUUGUAUUCAUGAGUCAUAUAUAUAUAAAAGUAGAAGCUCAUUCUUAUUCC